AUGCAAACAAAGCUUCUCUAAUUGUAGAGGAGGACAUUAUUUUUUGGAGGAACCAAAUAGCUAGUUUAAUUUUACGAAAUUUAUUUGUUUAAAUAAAAAGUAUUGACUCAGGUGUUAUCAAAUUAGAUAUAUUUGUUAAUAGAUUAAAAAAAUUUAAAUUAACUAAAAUUUUUCACUCCUCAUUAUUGUCCCUGGUAGCAUUUACAAUGCAACUAGUUUAUGAAGGCAAUCCAAUAGAUUCUAUCAACAACUAAUUAAAUUAUAUUUGAAAGUGAUUAGUUUACAUGCUUGUAAGAGUAUAAAAGCACCUCCAAAUUAAUAUAAAAUAUGACUUUUUAAUCACUGUCAACUAAUUUAAUAUCAUUGUUUCAAUAUCAUAUCUUGAAACUAUAUUUAAUUUCUAGAUAUGUCCAAUAAUUUCCUCUAUAAGAUCUGUUUGCUCUAAAUACCUUAUUUUAACAUAGAUACUUUUCCACUUAUUUUGAUAGAAAUGUCAUAAGAUUUGAUAAGCAAUUUAUUAUUUUGAAUUGCCAAUUACUUCGAUGUGUAUAGACAGACUAUCUAUCGAGCAAGGCAAGUAAUAAUAAUGAUAGUAAAUGA